AUGUAUAGUAUGAAAUCUAAUUUUGUAAACAAUGCGACUAUAAAACCGGUCCAAAAACUUGUUAAAGAAGUUAAUAAAUUGUCGCAUACUCUGCAUUACAGAUUCUUGCAUAAAGUCAAAUCAAAGGCAAAGAUCCCACCAUCAACAAAAGACUUCUGUGCUUUUUUAUGCUAUUGUAUGAAGACACUUGAUAAAACAACCUUCCAUGAAAUUUUCCUAUAA